AUGCACACGUCGUCGUUGUUUUUCUUUGCUAUAGUUGUGAUCAUAGCAUUGCAUACUUUACCAAUAACUGGUAAACCUGCAAAAAAAACUACAGCCGCAGCAACAACAACAACACUUGCGACAACAACAAAAACUCCUACUACUGCGAAGUCACCUCAAAAAGUACCAGCAGCUAAACCAGCGUCUAAAGGUGCUAAGAAAAAGAAGAAACCCGCAAAAACAAGUGGAACACCUAAAACAAAUCCUUGGACAGUGCCCAAUGCUGAUCAAAAGAAAUUAUUUAAUGAUUAUAAAGCUAUUUUGCGUAAAAAACUCAUUGCUCGAAAGCAUAAUAUAUCUGCAACAUAUCAAUUAGAAUCAGCUAAAUAUGGUUCCCAAGAGCUUGAUAAAACCACUUUACAUCAUUAUUUAAUCAAAUUACCCGAUUCGAAAUAUGCUCAUGCUAUUAUUGGUAUAAACAAAGACACAAAGAAAUCUGCACCAGUUAAUGAAGAUAAUGCUUCGAUUCGUCGUACAGUUUAUGAUAAUCUUGCAACAGCUGAAGUCUGA